AUGAAACCAGAGACUGUGACAUUGGUGCUGGUCAAUCUAGCCAGUAUCAUGCAGCGUGCUGAUGAGUCUCUUUUGCCAGGAGUCUACAAAGAAGUAGGAGCCUCUCUUCACACAGACCCGACUGGGUUGGGGUCUCUGACUCUGUUCAGAUCCAUAGUCCAAUCCUCCUGCUACCCUCUUGCUGCUUAUCUUGCUAUGCGUCACAAUCGAGCCCAUGUCAUUGCUCUUGGUGCUUUUCUCUGGGCUGCCGCCACUUUCCUCGUCGGCUUCUCCUCCACCUUCCUUCAGGUUGCUAUUUCAAGAGGUUUAAAUGGUAUUGGACUUGCCAUAGUUAUUCCUGCCAUUCAGUCACUUGUUGCUGACUCAACAGAUGAUAACAACCGUGGAAUAGCAUUUGGAUGGCUACAACUAACUGGAAAUCUAGGCUCCAUAAUAGGUGGUCUUUGUUCUGUACUAAUAGCAUCCACUACAGUAAUGGGUGUAGCUGGUUGGAGAAUUGCAUUCCAUCUGGUUGGGCUCAUUAGUGUCAUAGUUGGGAUAUUGGUACGCCUCUUUGCUCAUGACCCCCACUAUGUAGAGAACAAUGGUAGAGCUAAAGAUGAAACGCCACAUACUUUUUCAGAAGAAGUGAAGUUCCUGAUCAAAGAAUCCAAGUCAGUAAUCAAAAUUCCUACUUUUCAAAUACUCAUUGCUCAGGGGGUCUUUGGAUCAUUCCCCUGGUCAGGUUUGUCAUUUGCUCCUUUGUGGUUAGAGCUUAUCGGCUUCUCCCACAAAGAAACGGCAGUUAUCUGGACCGUAUUUAUAAUCGGCGCCUCACUUGGAAGUCUCUUUGGAGGAAAAAUGGGGGAUGUCCUUGCAAAACCGUUUCCCAAUGCUGGGAGGAUAGUUCUUUCACAGAUAAGUGCGGGAUCAGCCAUUCCUUUUGCAGCUCUUUUGCUGCUGGGGUUGCCUGAUGACCCAUCCACCGGAUUCAUGCAUGGGCUGGUGUUGUUCAUCAUGGGAUGGUUCACUUCCUGGAAUGCGCCAGCAACUAACAAUCCAAUAUUUGCAGAGAUUGUCCCUGAGAGGUCCCGGACGAGCAUCUAUGCUCUAGAUCAAUCUUUUGAAUCCAUCUUGGCAUCAUUUGCUCCCCCAAUCGUCGGACUUUUGGUUCAGCACGUUUUUGGUUACAAGCCAAUACCUAAAGGAUCAUCAGACUCUGUAGAGAUUGAAACCGAUAGAGAGAAUGCUGCAGCACUUGCCAAGGCACUCUUCACUACAAUGGCAAUUCCUAUGACACUCUGUGUCUCAAUCUACUCGUUCCUUUACUGCACAUACCCGAGAGAUCGGGAACGGGCAAGAAUGCAGGCUUUGAUGGAAUCAGAAAUGCAACAGCUGGAAACUAGUUGUGCUGCAUCAGGAGAAAAAUACUCGCAACUUGAUGUUUCAGAACCAAAAGUGCUGAAUGGAAAAGAUGAAAGUGAUAUCAAUGUAGAAUAUGCAGCACACGAGAGCAUUGAGUUGGAUGAUAAUGAUGAGAAGUCUCUGCUUUCCCAUCAGCUAACUUUCUCAUGUAUGAAAGAAUAG